UGAGUACAUUGGAGGACAGAAGAGAGAAGCAGAGAGAGAGAGAGAGAGAGAGAGAGAGAGAGAGAGAGAGAGAGAGAGAGAGCGAGGAAAGAGAAACAUGGUCUGCAGAAGGCAUACAUACACGGAUAUGGAUUUCGAAUAGUGGUUGUUAAUGAGAAAUGUGAGUCUUUAUGGUGAGCAGCUAUGGUCUGACAACAAUAAAUUUUGGUAGCUGUCUUCAUCUUUUAUGUAUUUUCCUUGUCGUCCAACAUAAAUCAUUAAAAUAGAGAACAAAACACAAUAAAAUGAAAGCUCUCUUUUGUUUGCUUGCUUGUUUGUCCCUUCUUCAGUUCCCAUCUCAAAUCUGAAGAGGCCAUUGAUUCUUGCAAAAUGGGGUUGUUCAAGUUAUUUGUACUUUGUACAGCAGUGAUUGUGGCAGGUGCAUUGGAUUCAGCUCAAUCUGUUGUAAUAAUUCUUUUCCACGAGGCACCAUCUGAGGUUUCAAGGUUCUCAACUGCCGUAUUCAAGUAUUCCGUUGAAGGGUCGGAUGCCAGUAAUGCAUGCAGCAGCAAUGGCUGCUUUAUUGCCUGUGAGCUUGAUGGCCAAGCUUUAAGAUCAUGCCCAGCUGACUCCAUUGUGUUGAGGAACUUGACAGUGAAUCAGAAGCAUACUUUCCUUUUGAAUGUCACAACUCAGAAUGGGGACAGAAACUCUUCCUCUUAUUCAUGGUUCAUCGAUACAAUUCCGCCAACAGCCACUUUGUCUAGUGAAGAUAGCUACACAAAUGCUGCAAAAAUAACUGUUGAUGUCACCUUCAGUGAGGCUUGUGGGUUGAAGUGCUUGAACUCAUCACACUGUGAUGUUUUGAUAGAUGGUCCAGGUUCUAUUGAUGCUUCUUCUCUGCGGGUCAUUAAACCGAACCUGAAAUACGAAGUUGACAUAGCCCUCUCCUUGGGAAGUAUGUAUGGCCGUGUUGUUAUCAGAAUGGUGAAUGGUUCUUGUACAGAUAAAGCUGGAAACCCUUUUACAAGGAGCAAAAAUUCUGCGAUGACUGUUCGCUUUGAUAGGAGACCAGUGGUGGUAGAUUUAUGGAUGCCUGUUUCAUCCUAUGUGCUGAAGAUCAAUGGCGUGCCAAGAACAGUUCUCGCAACAAACAAGAUGGAAGACUUAAGAAUUUUCGUGGAUUUCAGUAAUCCUAUACAGAAUUCGACAGAGGAAGUCCUAAGUGCAUUACAUGUCAAGUCAGGUUCUGUAUCCUCUGUUCUUAGUGGACAUCGGGGGAAUCACAAGUUUGCUUUUCAACUCAUGAACGUAUCCCGUACUGAAAUCAUCGUGAUUGAGCUUGAAACCAGUUUGAUAAUUGGCAGGACUGGAACUCCCACUUCACCGGUUUCCCCACUGACAAUUCUCUAUGAUACGGAGGACCCUGCAGUAGGGCUAAGUUCCGACUUGCAAAAUGUUACAAAAGCUUCUCACAUCAAUUUGGUUGCGGAGUUCACUAAGCCAGUUUUUGGCUUUGAUCCCUCAAUGGUAGAAGUACAUGGAGGGAAGAUUGCAAGGUUUAAGGAACUCUCGAGAGCACUAUACUCAUUGACCGUCAUUGUUGAAGCUCAGAAAACACUCUCUGUUUCUGUUCUUGCUGGCAAAGUAAGUGAUAUUUCUGGAAAUCAGAAUCUGGCAUCCAACAGAGUUCAACUGAAGCACUACUCAACCCCUGCAGCCUCAACGGCACUCCAAUCCUUUGUCACUGCUGGAGUGCUAGCAACAUCACUUGCAGUGGCUGGUCUUUCACUAUCCUAUGCUAAUAUCGGAAUAAUAAGUGCUCUCUUAACAGGAGAAACCAAUUUCGUUGCUCCCAGUCCAUCAACUAAUCUGCAUGGAAUGUUUGGGCAUCUCCAAGUCUUUGUAAUGUCAGAUUGGUUCGCUCCCAAUCAUCCAAUUGAAUAUUCAGAGACAGUAAAAGGUCUCAAGUGGCUUAUACCUCGUGGCAAGCUUCCAUGGAGAAAGGAUUCAACUUUAACUUGGACCAACCAUGUUCAUAUUACUAGUGGGAUAAAAGAUUUCAUGGCCGUUGGACUUCCUAUACUUCCUGAUGGUGAGCAUAAGCACCAGGGGAACUUCACGAGUUAUGAUGGGCUUCACGGCAAAGCUAUGAGCUCGCGAAGUGCUCAGUAUGGACAACCUCUCAAUUCAGCCGAAUACUUUACUUAUUUCUUGAGAGGAGAGCCCUUGUCUGCCAGCAAUGUCGUGAAGAAACUGGAAAACAAUAAAGGGUGGGAAGACAUGGGGAUGAACCUAUUUUGGCUUGCUGCGAUUGCAGGCAGUUUGCUUGCACUCCAUAUAUCAAUAUUCCUUUUCCUGAGAUGGAGGACAGGAUCAACAACAUCGGUUAAUUUUGGAAUGGUCUCAUUUCCAAGGUUCGAGAUCUUUCUUCUAAUCGUCAUGCUACCUUGUAUCUCUCAGUCUGCAGCAUUUGUCGUCAAAGGUGGAACAAUUGGAGGCAUGAUAACUGGAGCUUUGUUGCUGGUCAUCCCGGCAGCAUUCAUUUUAUCCGUCUUACUCUUCCUCCUAGUCGCCAUUCUUCCGGGGAAAUUUGUCCAAUACAAGGAGAUUAAGUAUACAGUUGUAAGGGAGGCAUGGUAUGAAAAGCUGUGGUUCUUUAUCACCAGUAGACCAGUAAUGGGGAAGUGGGUCUACAGAGAAGGCUCCACUUCGUCUCUCGUACAGAACUUCAGAAGCCUCUUUGAGAAUCAAAAGGGCCCCCCUUUCUUCAUCUUCGUUGAUAAAACUGAUCAAAGCACCGUUCCAAAAUGGAGCGAGAGUGGCCGAAGUGGUGGAAUUGGAAGAAUGCGAGCCAUCAGUUCGAACGACAUCAAUGAAGAGGAUUUGAAGGUUCCUGGCCCCAUGAAGUGUCUUGGGUAUGCUAGAUCUUCAUACUUAGUUCUCGAUCUCAUUCGAAGAGUCAGCUUGGGAGUAAUAUCCGGAGUAGCAGCUACCUCGAAAGAUCACUGGAUGCACAACCUCAUAGCCUUGGCGAUCACAAUGACACAAUUUGUCUACCUGUCGAGUCUCAAACCUUUCAUCAAGAGGAGUGUCCAUGCAGUAGAAAGCAUUUCCCUGCUAUGCGAGGCAGCCAUCUUCUCCAUUUCCAUGGCUGUCACGACUAAGAAGCCAGAUCCGACGGAGGCUACAGUUCUAGGAUAUGUAAUGGUGGCUCUUCUCCUGCUCACCGCCAUUGCCCAUAUCACGAACGAAUGGUAUGGGUUGGUUUCUUGGCUGGUAAGACUCUCGUGGACGCCACGGUUCAUGGCCAGAGGUCUCAUCCUACCUUUCUUGCCGAGGAAGCAAUGGUCGAGUAUUGUCUUACCGAGUUCACCCCAACCAAAGACCGGACUGUCCAGCGUUCCUCAGUUGAGUCCCGACACAGAUGUGCCACCGCCACGUGGGAAUUCAUUCCGAGCUAUGUCUGCUACGGUGGUACCCAUGGCGAGUCCAGAUAAUGCUGGAGGGAGAGGGGAAACAGAAGCCAUGGUUGAGGAAAGGAGUGAGCUUAGGAAGCUGAGGGAGCUGGCGAAAGCUAGCUUCUCUGGGGAAGGAGGUAAGCGUCGCAGUAGGGAUCGAGCUCAGGAUUUGGCUCGUAAAGCUGAAGCUGAAGAAGCAUCAUCAUCUUCCAUGAGAUAGCGAGCGAUGGUGGUGAUGGUACUUGUUUUUUCUCUGCCAUUUUGGAACAUAUCAUCACUGUGUAGUGUGUACUAUCUUUAUCGCUGUUAUUUGAGAUUUGUAAUGAUUUUGAUGAGGGAGUGAAUUAGAGAAGGAAACAAAUCAAGGUUCAGGUGCCGCCGGUUAUGGGAACCGCCGCCUGUACUGCCGUGACGGAGAGGCAAUCCUAUUGACGGGUAGUGGUGGCGCCAUUUCACAUUUGCCGAUCGUGAAGGCUAGUGGAAGCCUGAUUGGGCCCACCAGUUGGAUUCCGUUGACACCAUCGACGAGACCCCGUUUUGCAGCCCAACAUUUCACCUUAACCAAACCAAACAAGAAGCUCUUAGCCGAAUUAAACAAAUCAACCAAAUCAAAUCAAAUUGUAGCGGUAAAACCAGUAAUAGGGUGUUUUAUGCAGAAACCGUGAUUAAAUAAUUUCAUAACCGCAAAAAUUCGCUUAUCGGUUUAGCCUCCAAAAAGAGACUUUUUCGGUUGGACUGUCGAUACGGUUUUAUACACUGAUUUUACCGUCUUUUCUUAGUUCACAUGUUUCUUUUGUAAUUAAUUUUUGUGGGUUUAUGUAUUUAUCCAAUCCAAAUGUUAGUGGGCGAACAAAUUAACAUAUGGAGGGUGAGUUAGAAACAAUCCAAGAAAUUAGGUCACAUGCACUCAUGCAGCUUGUGUGCUAUCCAUAUAUGAGGAAUGCAUUAUACUUCAACUUUUAAAAAAUCUGUAAAAGAGGUUGGAAGAACUAACAAGUUAGAGAAGAGUCCAAGAAAUUAGGUUACUCAUGCAGCAUGCAUGCUCUGCUAUCUGUAUAUGAUGAAAGCAUAUCAACUAAAAUCUGGAAAGUGGUUGGAAUAACUGACAAGUUAGGAAUCAGUCCAAGAGAUUAGGUUACUCAUGCAGCUUGCAUGUUCUUCUGCUGUCUAUAUAUGAUGAAUUAUCCAUUACAACUUCAUCCACACUACUGAAAUCAAGGCCAGAACCAAGAAAACCCAAUUCCACCCAAAAUCAUGGCCUCGUCAACUUUCGUUCUCUUCCUUCUGGUACUAGUGAUCUCCUUGAAUUCCCUCCCCGCACAUUCUCAAAUUGAUCACUACCUUUAGUUUUCCUCGACUCCACAUCAAUGUCCAAGCCCUUUGUUGACAGACACCAGUGGUACUUAGGCCAUUCUGUCCUCCGUUUCAUCAAAUGCAAGGCUUAUCUACAGCUACUCCCACGUCAUUGAUGGGUUUAGUGUUGCCAUGACGCCUUUGGAGCUGUUCUCUGAGCAAAGGUAUUCAUGGUACAUUUACUUGAUGAAGUUGAGGGAUCGGCCAAUCGAGUACGCCACUACGUACCCACUCUCCCGAAAUCUUGGGCCUCGCUGGUUGCUCCAUAUAUAGCUUGGGAGGUGUCCAACUAUGGUGAAGAAAUGAUCAUUGGAGUU